GGGAGCUUGGCCUAUAUGUCAAACCAAAUGUAUGUGACAAGUGAUAAGUUACAAAAUUUGUAUAAAAAAUACUCUUUUGUAUUGAACUUUAUGCACCAUAAUUAUGCGAGACGCAUGCGAUUAAGCAAGAGUGUUCUUCAUCUGGUAUAAUUCACCCAAAAACUAAAACGUGUAAAAAUGGAUACAAAAGAAGUUGUCGACCACUUGGUGGCUCUAAAAGUCAUGAGACUUACUAAACCUGCUCUGAUCAGUCCUAAAAUAGUAACGUGUGAUUUUAAGGAUUUACCCGGGAAUAUUUUAAAUAACUUUUUGAAAGACGAUGCGACGUCAGUGGUGCAGAUGGAAACUUUAGCAGCAGGUCAAUUCCUCUUAUUACCUCAAAGUUUUGGUAACAUUUAUCUGGGAGAAACGUUUUCAUGUUAUGUUUGUGUACACAAUGAGACCUCGCAAGCUGUGCAGAGUGUGUCUAUAAAAGCUGAUUUACAAACAAGCUCGCAGAGGAUUCCUUUAUCAACCCAAAAUCAAUCUCCAGUGAUGCUGGAUGUCGAUGAAACGCUAGGUGACGUUAUUCAUCAUGAAGUUAAAGAUUUGGGCACACAUAUUUUAGUAUGUGAGGUAACAUAUAUGUCAAAUUACAAUACAUUAGCCUCGUUCAGAAAAUUCUUUAAAUUUGAAGUCAUGAAACCUUUGGAUGUCAAAACAAAAUUUUACAAUGCUGAAUCUGAUGAUGUCUUCUUAGAAACACAAAUACAGAAUAUCACCUCGGGUCCGAUAACUCUUGAACAAGUCUCUCUUGAGAGCUCUCAACAUUUCUCAGUACAGUCACUGAACGAAGUUGACAAAGAUUUAUCAGUUUUUGGUUAUGUAACUUUACUACAACCACAAGAAAGUUGCCAAUAUUUGUAUCGAUUAACACCAAAGGAAACAAUAUCUAGUGAAACCAAGCUCAUAGUAGCUCCGAAGAAUAUUGGAAAACUAGAUAUUGUAUGGAGAUCAAACUUAGGAGAGAAAGGAAGACUGCAAACCAGUCAGUUGCAAAGAAUAACACCGGACUAUGGAGAUAUAAGGCUGUUGUAUGUGGAUUUACCUAGUAAAGUGUCUGUUAAUGAGCCAUUUAAUUUUAAAUGCAAGAUAGUUAAUGCAAGUGAGAGAACCUUAGAUUUAAUAUUGAAAUUACGUUCUCUUCAAGAUUCUAGUCUUUUAUGGUGUGGGAUAUCCAAUAGGAAGUUAGGGCCAUUAGAACCAGGUGGUGUCAAAUAUAUUGAUCUAACUGCUCUACCAAUAAGUACAGGUCUACAUGUUAUUACAGGAGUAUCACUAGUAGAUUUAUUCUUAAAAAGAACAUAUGAUUAUGAUGACUUGGCAUCAGUUUACGUUUUUUAACAUGUAAACGCCACUCCAGUCACAAGUGACCAGAUCCCUGCCUGCAUUUAAUCGCCGCAUAGGGCACAUGUGACCUCAAGGUUUUUUGUAAUAACUGCAGUACCCAGCUUCUGAUUGAACCCUAAACCAGAGUUUGAAGAUUCAACAUUUUGCAUGUAUUUCCAGUAAGAAGUCUUUGUGUUUUAUUCUAUUUCUACUGUAAAGUUUAAUAUGUUUAAUAAAAAGCUUUUUAAAUUUAAAAUGUAGUAAUUAAAACUUCUAUCAUCUAGUCUUUUAAAUAAGCAGAACUUAAAUUUUCCUUGCAAUAGUGGUUUUUGUUAGGUAUAUAGGUUUUAAACUAUAUUGUAACAUUGUACAAUGGUCAAAAAUUAUUUUACAUAAAAAUGUGUAAAUUAACUUCUAUAAUUCUGUUAGUUAGCUGUAAGUUGUCCCAUUAAUAAAUAAAAUAAAAUAAUCAAUCCAUUAGUUGUUAAAGUUUUGGAUUAUGCAAGCUGUAUAAGUUAAGUAUUCUUAAGUGAUAAUUAUUUAUCUUAUACAGUAGAACUAAUGCGUACUGUUUACA